UCUUACCUGUAACUUUCAUGGAACUUCAUUUCAACCUUUUCCUCCACUCUCACUUUCACACACUCCCAAUAUAUACAUACACACUCACCACCAUAUCUAUAUACACACUCAGAUCACUCACUCCUUAUCAUCAUCCUUCCGAUCUGUAUCAAGAUCUGUUUCACAUCACUCAAUCAGUUACCUAGGGUUUACAAUUUCUCCAUUUCAAACAACUAUGAAGGUCCAUCCAGCUCCACACAAGCGUAACAUCACCGUCCGGUACGAUUUCGCCGCUCAAUCCACCGCCGCUGGCUCAAUCUGCCGCCAAAAGAAGCUCCGGCGACUGCCGCACAUCUUCGGUAAAGUCCUCGAGCUUCCGUUUUACUCCGACGCUGACGUCACGGUUCAGGAAACGUCAGAUUCGUUUAGAUUUGUUGUUGAUACGGAGGAUGAUAUCGGAACGGAUAUUGCUGCUCAUACGAUUGAGAUCUGUCCUGGUGUCACGAAAGUUGUUGUGAGAACGACACGUGGCGGUGGCGGCGUCGGUGGUGGUGGUGGUGGUGGUGGUGAGGUUAGGGAGAUGAAGCUGGAUUUGUGGCGGUUUAGAUUGCCGGAGGAGACGGUGCCGGAGCUUGCUACGGCGGAGUUUAGUGACGGAGAGCUGGUGGUGACGGUGCCGAAGGAUGUUGAAUUGGAGAGGAGUGAAGAGGUUUGGAGUGAAGGUAAUGGAACUGGACGGUUUGUUUUGGUACAGUGAUAUGAUAUUAUGAUUUAUGAGUUAUGAAUAGGUUUUGUUGCUUGAGUUUGGUUAGGUUUUGUUAAGUUUAAUUGGAUGUUGUUGAAGUAAGACGGUUAUCGGCUUCAAUGAGUAUGUUGCAAAUGUUUUUGAUGUUGAUACUUGAUGGUGUUUACUGUUUA